AACACUUCCAAGCGCAGUGCUGCUCCUCGGUGAGAAUGAACUUCGCACCCCGAAUGAAAACGUAAAACAGAUCCAAACCCAUGAGCUGCUUAAGAGACACAACGAUGAUGAGAAGCUCGUGAAAGUCAUUCAUCAGGGUUCGGCGUUAGUCAUGGAUGACCCUUCAUCUAUCACUGAUCCGGUGCUGGUUAGACACAUAGCGCACUGAUUGGACGCAGCGGGGGGACCAGACGCGCUUCACAUCCACCGCCGAGCCGGAUCCAGCGCUGAGGAAACACACUCUUGCGCGAAUUAUCUGUAUACUCUCGCAGCGCUUUCAGGUAGACAUGCACGCGCGCACUCCCGGCUUUGUUGUAUCUCUGUGAGGAAACAGCGGCUGCUCGCGUAACUCCGUAUCUCGGUGUAUCUGGACGGUAGCGGCUGAUAUUCGGCGUAUACGCACAUGAGUGCUGGACACAUCGAUCACCUCCGACCGAUCUCCACCGUUUGCUCUUACAUUCAGAGAGGAGACAGAAAUAUCAGUCUGUCAACAUCUGAGUGACUCUCGCGCUCUCCGGACUAUGUCGUUUUGACGGGAGCUGCUGUUUGAAGCGAGUUGAGGAGGACUUGUUUCGCAAGAAACAUCUCUCUGUUUUGUCUUUCCCUGAAGAAGUUGAACGUCGUUUAGUGAAGUUUUCUCAAUGGGAUGCUGAAACACAUCAACAUCAGGUAGACAACAGUAAGCUCACAGUCGGGUGGAGCCUGUGACGAGCGAGCUCUCCAAUUGGUUGCCGUGUUGCGUUUCCCCGCGUCAUGCGGACAGGAUGGAUGUGAAAGAACGCAGGCCCUACUGCUCACUGACCAAGAGCAGGAGAGAGAAAGAGCGCCGCUACACGGGCUCAUCCGGCGACAGCGAGGACUGCCGCGUGCCCACCCAGAAGACCUACAGCUCCAGCGAGACGCUCAAGGCCUUCGACCACGACUCCUCACGCCUGCUGUACGGAGGCCAUGUCAAAGAGAUGGUCCACCGAGAGGCAGACGAGUACAGACGCCAAGGGCAGAACUUUAACCUGAGGCAGCUGGGAAUAUGUGAGCCAGCCACACGCCGUGGCCUGGCCUUCUGCGCAGAGAUGGGCCUCCCCCACCGCGGCUUCUCCAUUGGCGCAGGCUCAGACGUGGACACUGAGAACGAGGGGGUGAUGUCACCGGAACGUGCCAUGCGCCUCUGGGGCAGGGGUGUGAAGUCUGGCCGCAACUCCUGCUUGUCCAGCCGCUCAAACUCAGUCCUGACCUUGACCGACACAGAGCACGAGAACAAAUCAGACAGUGAGAACGGUUCUCCCAUGCCAUCCUCUCUCUCCAGUCCAUCAGUCACUGAGCAUUCCCAUUCUCAUCCACCCUCACCCAAUCUCCAUGACAACCAGAGUUCCGUCUUAAGUAAUGCCACCACACAGGCGUUGCAGGACUCUGAUUCGGAAGAAGAGUACACGUCCGUUCUCUAUAGACCCGUAACACAGCCUGCCCUCAGCCGCAGCUGUGAUGAGCAACCAUCCAAUCAGCACCAGCAGGGCCAGUCCACGCUGCCACCGGUGCCGCCCCCGCACAAGCAGCAGCCGUCGGUGACGGCGCUGAACCACAACUCUCUGAGCAGCCGCAGGAACGUGAGCCCGGCCCCUCCGGCCGCCCUCCCCGCCGAGCUGCAAACCACACCCGAGUCAGUGCCGCUGCAGGACAGCUGGGUCCUGGGCAGCAAUGUGCCGCUGGAGAGUAGGCACUUUCUCUUUAAGACAGGCACUGGCACCACUCCUCUGUUCAGCACGGCCACGCCAGGCUACACCAUGGCCACGGGGGGAGUCUACUCGCCCCCCACACGGCCCCUGCCCCGCAACACACUGUCUCGCAGCGCUUUCAAAUUCAAGAAGUCCCCCAAGUACUGCUCAUGGAGGUGCACGGCCCUCAGCGCCAUGGCUGUCUCCAUACUGCUCUCUGUACUGCUCUGUUACUGCAUUGCCAUGCAUCUCUUUGGAUUGAAUUGGCAGCUUCAAGAGACUGAGGGCUAUGCUUUUGAGAACGGCCAGGUCAAAUCUGACACCACGGCAACCAACGCAGUUACUGCCCUGUCUACCGAGAACAGAGUUUACUUUCAAGAGAAUAACACCAUAGACACAGGUGAGCUGGAUGUGGGCCGUAGAGCAGUACAGGAUGUCCCUCCAGGAACUUUUUGGCGCUCUCAGCUCUUCAUUGACCAGCCACAGUCCCUCAAGUUCAACAUCUCCGUCCAGAGAGGUGCCCUGGUGGGAGUCUACGGCCGGAAAGGCCUGCCGCCCACACACACUCAGUACGACUUUGUGGAGCUGUUGGAUGGCAGCCGUCUGAUAGCUAAAGAGAAGCGUGGACUGGUGGAGGUGGAAGGAGCAGCCAGAAAGGCCCGUUCAGUUAACAUUCAUGAGGCAGAGUUCAUCCGCUACCUGGACUCAGGCACCUGGCACCUGGCCUUUUACAAUGACGGCAAAAACCCUGAGCAGGUCUCCUACAACACCAUCAUCAUCGAUACCCUCACGGAGUGUCCACACAAUUGCCAUGGUAACGGAGACUGUCGCUCGGGAACAUGCCAUUGUUUCCCAGGGUUCCUUGGGCCUGAUUGCUCACGAGCCGCUUGUCCAGUGCUGUGCAGUGGCAAUGGGCAGUACUCCAGGGGGCGCUGUCUUUGUUACAGUGGCUGGAAAGGGACAGAGUGUGACGUUCCUAGCAACCAGUGCGUCGAUAUUCACUGCAGCGGACACGGAAUCUGCAUUAUGGGCACCUGCACCUGCAACACGGGCUAUAAAGGAGACAACUGUGAAGAAGUGGACUGCCUGGACCCAUCCUGCUCAUCUCACGGAGUGUGCAUUCAUGGAGAGUGCCACUGCAAUCCAGGAUGGGGCGGCAACAACUGUGAGAUCCUGAAGACCAUGUGUCCAGACCAGUGCUCGGGACACGGAACCUACCAGACGGAGAGCGGCACCUGCACCUGUGACACCAACUGGACUGGACAGGAUUGCUCCAUCGAGGUGUGUGCAGUGGACUGUGGCUCUCACGGUAUGUGUAUUGGAGGAAACUGUCGCUGUGAAGAGGGCUGGACUGGUUCGGUAUGCGAUCUGAAAGCUUGUCACCCACGCUGCACUGAACACGGUACCUGCAAGGACGGCAAAUGCGAAUGUCACCAGGGCUGGACCGGAGAACAUUGCACCGUUGAGGGAUGCCCAGGUCUGUGCAACAGUAAUGGACGCUGCACGCUGGAUCAGAACGGCUGGCAUUGUGUCUGCCAACAAGGCUGGAGAGGGGCCGGCUGUGACGUUGCCAUGGAGACUCUCUGCGCAGACGGCAAGGACAAUGAAGGAGAUGGCCUGGUGGACUGUAUGGAUCCGGACUGUUGCCUGCAGAGCUCGUGUCAGACUCAGCCCUUCUGCCGCGGCUCGCCUGACCCCAUCGACAUCAUCGGCCAGAACCAACCCACAAGCCCACAGCAAGCCGCCCAGUCAUUCUAUCAGCAAAUCAGCUUCCUCAUUGGCCCAGAGAGCACACAUGUCAUUAACGGAGACAACCCCUUUAAUAGAAGCCUGGUGUCGAUUGUCAGAGGGCAGGUGCUCACUGCAGAUGGUACACCCCUGAUUGGAGUCAACGUGUCCUUUGUGCACUACCCAGACCACGGAUUCACCAUCACACGGCAGGAUGGCAUGUUUGACAUUCUGGCUAACGGCGGAGCAUCACUGACGCUGAGCUUCGAGCGGGCACCGUUUCUGACGCAGUUCCGUACAGUAUGGAUCCCGUGGAACGUCUUCUACGUAAUGGACACACUGGUUAUGAAGAAAGAGGAAAACGAUAUCCCCAGCUGUGACCUGAGUGGCUUCAUUCGACCCAGCCCUCUCAUUGUGGCCACACCACUCUCUACAUUCUUCCGAUCCUCGCCCGAAAACGGCCCCAUCAUUCCAGAGACACAGGUUCUUCAGGAGGAGACGGCGAUUCCGGGUAGUGACCUGAACCUGAUGUAUCUGAGUUCGCGGGCGGCUGGCUACCGGCCAGUGCUCAAGGUGACCAUGACCCAAGCCACUAUCCCCUUUAACCUCAUGAAGGUGCAUCUGAUGGUGGCAGUGGUGGGACGUCUCUUUCAGAAGUGGUUCCCCGCAGAGCCCAAUCUGUCCUACACCUUCAUCUGGGAUAAAACGGAUGCAUACAAUCAACGAGUUUAUGGCCUGUCAGAGGCUGUGGUGUCUGUGGGAUUUGAGUACGAGUCCUGUUUGGAUCUGAUCUUGUGGGAGAAAAGAACAGCCAUCCUCCAAGGUUACGAACUCGAUGCCUCAAACAUGGGAGGAUGGACCCUAGACAAACACCACAUUUUAGAUGUACAGAAAGGCAUCCUUUACAAAGGCAACGGUGAGAACAUCUUCAUCUCCCAGCAGCCUCCAGUGAUCAGCACCAUCAUGGGUAAUGGGCGCCGGCGCAGUAUCUCCUGCCCCAGCUGUAAUGGCCAGGCUGAUGGCAACAAACUGCUGGCUCCAGUGGCCCUCGCCUGUGGAUCUGAUGGCAGUUUGUUUGUCGGUGACUUCAAUUACAUCAGACGCAUCUUUCCCUCGGGAAACGUAACCAGUGUUAUGGAGCUGAGAAAUAAAGAUUUCAGACAUAGCAACAAUCCUGCACAUAGAUACUACCUAGCAACAGACCCGAUGACAGGUCAGCUGUAUGUUUCGGACACCAACUCAAGACGGAUCUUUAGGCCGAAAGCCCUGACAGGAGCCAAAGAGCUGCUGCAGAACGCAGAGGUUGUGGCAGGGACCGGAGAGCAGUGUCUGCCAUUUGACGAGGCACGAUGUGGGGAUGGAGGCAAGGGCACUGAGGCACUACUGCUGGGACCCAAAGGCAUAGCUGUGGAUAAGAAUGGGUUCAUCUACUUUGUGGAUGGUACCAUGAUCAGGAAAGUAGACCGGAAUGGCAUCAUCUCAACACUGCUGGGAUCUAAUGACCUCACAUCUGCUCGGCCUCUGACCUGUGAUACCAGCAUGCAUAUUGGACAGGUGCGUUUAGAGUGGCCUACAGACCUGGCCAUCAACCCUAUGGACAACUCCAUCUAUGUGCUUGACAACAACGUUGUACUACAGAUAACCGAGAACAGGCAGGUGCGCAUUGUGGCAGGCAGACCUAUGCAUUGCCAGGUGCCAGGCAUCGAGUAUACCAUGGGAAAGCGUGCCAUCCAGACCACUCUAGAAGGAGCAACAGCCAUCGCUCUCUCCUACAGCGGUGUACUCUAUAUUGCUGAGACAGAUGAAAAGAAGAUUAACCGCAUCAGACAAGUCAGCACGGAUGGCGAGAUUUCUCACUUGGCAGGAGCACCCUCAGACUGCGACUGCAAGAAUGAUGCUAACUGUGACUGUUACCAGACAGGCGAUGGGUAUGCCAAAGACGCAAGGCUAAAUGCUCCUUCCUCUCUGGUGGUCUCUCCUGAUGGAACGCUCUACGUAGCUGACCUGGGAAACAUUCGAAUCCGUGCAAUACGUCACAAUCGACCUCCCCAAGGCUCUUUGGGUCUUUAUGAAGUUGCAUCACCUGCUUCUCAAGAACUCUAUGUGUUUGACUCCAAUGGAACGCAUCAGUAUACUAUGAGCUUGGUCACUGGUGAUUACAAGUACAACUUCAGCUAUAGCAAUGAGGAUGAUAUCACUGCUGUAACAGAUAGCAGUGGAAAUACGCUCCGGGUUCGUCGUGACCCCAAUCGAAUGCCAGUGCGUAUUGUUGCCCCUGACAACCAGGUUAUUUGGCUGACAAUUGGUACAAAUGGAGGGCUAAAGACCCUCACAGCACAGGGGCAGGAAUUGGUGCUCUUCACCUACCAUGGAAACAGCGGCCUGCUAGCCACCAAGAGCAUCCAAAUUGGCUGGACCACAUUUUAUGACUAUGACAGCGAGGGACGUCUGACAAAUGUGACAUUCCCCACUGGGGUUAUUACCAGUCUAAUUGGGGAGAUGGACAGAGCCCUAACGGUGGACAUUGAGACCUCAGGACGGGAUGACGAUGUCAGCAUCACCACCAACCUCUCCUCCAUUGAUUCUUUUUACACAUUAGUUCAAGAUCAACUAAGAAACAGCUAUCAGGUGGGCUAUGAUAACUCUAUGAGGGUCAUCUAUGCCAAUGGAAUGGACUCUCACUUCCAGACUGAGCCUCAUAUUCUUGCGGGUGCAUCCAACCCGACAAUGGCCAGAAGAAACAUGACACUGCCUGGAGAGAAUGGACAGAACUUGGUGGAGUGGCGCUUCAGAAAAGAACAGAAUAGGGGGAAAGUCGUAGUAUUCGGCAGGAAACUCAGGGUCAACGGUAGAAACCUGCUGUCUGUGGAUUAUGACCGCUCACUGCGCACAGAGAAAAUAUAUGACGAUCAUCGAAAGUUCCUUCUGAAGAUUAUGUAUGAUGCCUCUGGUCAUCCUACACUGUGGGUGCCCAGCAGUAAGCUGAUGUCUGUCAAUCUCACCUAUUCUGGCACUGGUCAGGUCACAAGCAUUCAGAGAGGCCCCACAGUCGAGAGGGUAGAAUAUGACAGCCAGGGACGCAUAGUCUCCAGAACCUUUGCAGACGGCAAAACCUGGAGUUACACCUAUUUGGACAAGUCUAUGGUGCUGCUUUUACACAGCCAGCGGCAGUACAUCUUUGAUUAUGAUCUGCAGGAUCGACUCUCCGCCAUCACUAUGCCAAGUGUGGCCCGUCACACCAUGCAAACUAUCCGCUCUGUUGGCUACUACCGCAACAUCUACAAUCCACCUGAAAGUAAUGCUUCAGUUACCGUGGACUACAGUGAGGAUGGCCAGCUCUUGCGGGUGGCACAUUUGGGCACUGGCCGGCGUGUCCUUUAUAAAUAUCGGAGACAGAACAAGCUGUCCGAGAUCCUAUAUGACAGCACACGGGUCAGCUUCACCUAUGAUGAGACAGCAGGUGUGCUAAAAACUGUCAACCUACAGAGUGAGGGUUUCAUUUGUUCUAUCAGAUAUCGACAGAUAGGUCCACUGGUGGACCGGCAGAUAUUCCGCUUCAGUGAGGACGGCAUGGUCAACGCCCGCUUUGACUACACCUAUGACAAUAGCUUCCGAGUCACUAGCAUGCAAGGAGUCAUCAACGAGACCCCCCUUCCCAUAGAUCUUUAUCAGUUUGAUGACAUUUCUGGCAAGGUUGAGCAGUUUGGGAAAUUCGGCGUCAUAUAUUACGACAUUAACCAGAUCAUAUCAACAGCUGUCAUGACCUAUACAAAGCACUUUGACGUCCAUGGUCGCAUCAAGGAGAUCCAGUACGAAAUCUUCCGCUCCCUCAUGUACUGGAUUACUAUCCAGUAUGACAACAUGGGCCGUGUCACCAAAAGAGAAAUAAAAAUCGGCCCUUUUGCCAACACUACCAAAUAUGGCUAUGAAUAUGAUGUAGAUGGGCAGCUGCAGACAGUCUACCUGAAUGAGAAAAUGAUGUGGCGGUAUAAUUACGACCUGAACGGCAAUCUACACCUGCUGAACCCUGGCAACAGUGCACGACUCACUCCCCUCCGCUAUGACUUACGGGACCGCAUCACACGACUGGGCGACGUGCAAUAUCGUAUGGAUGAAGAUGGCUUUCUGCGCCAAAGGGGUGUGGAGAUCUUUGAGUACAACUCAAAGGGCCUCUUGGUUCGAGUGCAUAGUAAAGCCAGUGGUUGGACCAUCCAGUACCGCUAUGAUGGGCUAGGAAGACGCCUGGCUUCUCGCAACACUCUGGGCCAGCACCUUCAGUUCUUCUAUGCGGACCUCAACUACCCAACUCGCAUUACCCACGUCUACAACCACUCCAGCUCUGAAAUCACCUCUCUCUACUAUGACCUACAAGGCCAUCUGUUUGCCAUGGAAAUUAGCAGUGGUGAGGAGUUUUACAUUGCUUGUGACAACACAGGAACACCACUCGCAGUCUUCAGCAGCAAUGGGCUUCUCCUCAAGCAGGUGCAAUAUACUGCUUAUGGGGAGAUCUAUUUUGACUCUAACCCUGACUUUCAAUUGGUUAUUGGAUUCCAUGGUGGCCUAUAUGACCCUUUGACAAGAUUGCUGCACUUUGGAGAGCGGGACUAUGACAUUCAAGCUGGCCGUUGGACCACCCCGGAUAUAAGCACCUGGACCAGGGUGGGAAAGGACCCAGCUCCCUUCAACUUGUAUAUGUUCCGCAAUAAUAAUCCCAUCAGCAAGGUGCAUGAGGUCAAGGAGUAUGUCACAGAUGUCAACAUCUGGCUGGUGACAUUUGGCUUUCACCUGCAUAAUGUCAUCCCAGGAUUUCCUAUCCCUAAAUUUGACCUUACCCAACCCUCACUGGAAAUGAGGAAGAGUCAACUAUGGGACGACCUACCGUCCAUCUCAGGGGUCCAGCAGGAGGUUAUGAGGCAGGCCAAGGCUUUCCUGUCUUUUGAGAGGAUGCCAGAGAUCCAGUUAAGCAGACGAUGUUCAAGCCGUGAAAAACCUUGGCUGUGGUUUGCCACAGUCAAAUCCCUCAUUGGUAAAGGUGUGAUGCUUGCCAUUACCAGCAAGGGCCAGGUGGCUACCAAUGCACUGAACAUAGCAAAUGAGGACUGCAUUAAAGUGGCCACUGUCCUCAAUAAUGCCUUCUAUUUAGAGGAUCUGCACUUCACAGUGGAAGGCCGCGAUACGCACUACUUCAUAAAGACCAGCUUACCUGAGAGUGACCUGGGUGCCUUGCGACUCACCAGCGGUCGCAAGAGUCUAGAAAAUGGUGUCAACGUAACAGUGUCACAGUCCACCACUGUGGUCAAUGGACGGACACGUCGCUUCGCAGAUGUGGAGCUGCAGUAUGGCGCAUUGGCUCUACAUGUGCGCUAUGGCAUGACACUGGAUGAGGAGAAGGCACGUGUCCUAGAGCAGGCACGCCAGAGGGCACUGUCAAGUGCAUGGGCACGGGAGCAGCAACGUGUACGUGACGGAGAGGAGGGAGUGCGUCUUUGGACAGAGGGGGAGAAGAGGCAGUUGCUCAGCUCUGGGAAGGUGCUGGGUUAUGAUGGCUACUAUGUACUAUCAGUGGAGCAGUACCCUGAACUGGCCGACAGUGCCAACAAUGUCCAGUUCCUAAGGCAGAGCGAGAUUGGGAAGAGGUAACAGUCUGCAAAGCACAGACUGUUCAUCAGACUAAUGCCCUUCUGUUCCACAAGCUCCUCUCUCCCAUGUACACACUCCCAGAGACUAAAGGGAAAGGGUUUUUGUUUGAGAAGUGAAGAGUUGUGCCUAAGUGCCACACACAAUGCAGUUAUACAAAAAAUACCUGAGGCACUUCCUCUCAUUGACUAAACACACCCCCAUUCUACAUAUUUGUUAACAUUAUUGCAAUGGAUAAUGGACUCUCUAAAAGAGCUACCCAAGAAAAAACUCAAUAAUGAUUGUUUUUUUGUCUUUUUUAUAUAUAUAAAACUUAAAAGGUAUCUUGGUCAGUGAUAAAAUGGAGAGAAAAAAAGGCAAAUGCGUUUACAUGCAAAGAGAACUGUAUCCAGAUGAACUAAUAUAAUGCCUUUUUGCAAAGCAGUGACUGUAAUUCAGUGGUUUGUACUGUCCUUAUUCUCAGCAACAUGUUUUGUCGGCUAGUGAGGACUGGGGUUUCAAGACUGAGCUAGUUGAUGAUUUCUCUUCUGCUUGGGUUUCUUAAGGGACACAGCUGUGGUUCAUAUAAUCAAAACUGAGUGUACUCAUUCCUGGUCACUCUCUCAUUCCUGAACCAAACCAGGUGGUGAAUAGAGUGGAAACUGGCAGAACAAAAUAUAUAAAUAUAUAUCUCAUAACUGACCAGUACUUUGACAAGAGAUGUUAGAAUACCUUUAUGGAUUUUUUUUAAGUAAAAAAAACACCACUUAUCCGUACAACAACAUUAGUCGCAGAGAAAGUAAUUUAUGUACAGUGUUUAUACAUAAAAAUAAAAUCUUACAAAUAUUGAGA